GCCAGGUACCAACGUUAUCGAAACGGGGACGUGAUUACCAAAAUAGAGGGCGCUCUCACUGUCUGUAUUUUCGUGCAGCUCCGAUUGUUUGCCGGUUGCUGCUUGUCCGGUGCUUCAAAGUUCAGAAAUAUUACGAUAAUUUCAUUCUUAAAUAUGACGAGCUCACUCACGCAUGCACAGCGAGUUCUUCGAUUGUAUAAGAAGUCAGCAAGGCAUUUAGAAUCAUGGAUUACUGACAGGCCAACGUUCCGCUACGAAGUCACGCUAUUGAGAGCCCGAUUUGAUGAACACAAGCAUGAAACAAACAUGAAGAAAGCAGGGCAACUUCUCAAAGAUGGAGAGGAAGAGUUUUGGGAGAAGCAACAUCCUCAGCCAUACAUAUUUAUUGAUUCUCCUGGAGGCACACGCUAUGAGCGUAACAUCCCUUCCCCGGAAUGGGUUCUGAAUUACUGGCAUCCAUCUGAGAAGGCACGCUACCCAGCUUACUUUGCCCGGAGAGAGAAACGCAUCAUUCAGGAGGAAGCCAGAUGGCAACAACUGGUAGAGGAGGAAAAACAACUACUAGGACAAGGAGCUGAUCAGGGGAAACCCCAGUCAACGUGACCUAUGACCUAUGACCUCUAUCAUCAUCCUCCGCUCAGAGGAUUGUUACAUCACCCUCCUGUACAUAUCACUGGCUCGAGUCAUCGUAAAUCCUGAAUUUCUGUUUACUGUUUAUCAUUUUAAACUAUUGUCAUGGUAGAAUCGAUCUUUAGUCUAAAUUAAACUUUCUAAAUUUAAUGUUUGAAGUUGGGGGGGGGGGUCAUUGAAGUCUGUUUUCAUAGAUUGGAUAGAGUGAAGUCUGUUGUUGACAUAAGGAGCAUACUAUUCCACCUGUCGUCCCAUUAUCUCUGAGUGUUUGCCAGCAGCCAGGACAGUGAUACCAGUAGAAUUAUUGCUGAUAUUUUUGCUGUGCAUAAUUAAUUUUUUGCUAUUAAGUUGGCUUUACCUCAUAGGAUCACAGUGUUAUGCAUUUUCCUAGUGGUGUGUGUUUUAGCAUAGUGAAUUGAAAUGAACUCCUUUUUUCAGGAAAUCCGGCAACAUACUGUAAACCACAUCCUGUGACAUUUCUGGUACACAUAAGGAUGAGAACACCCACAACAAAACCUUGUCAAGUUUGAACCUGUGAAUGAUAUAACUUUAUAUUUGAGAGUUGGACCUUAUUCUAGUUAUGUUUUUGCAGUGGUUUCAUCGUAAGCCCAUAAUAAUUUUGAACAGUUUCCUCCAAUCUUUGGUUAAAUUUAAAAGGAUUGGUGCGAACAACGCAAGGAAUUGGGAUAUAAAAAAAAAUACAAAUUUCUGGAUUUUACAGAAUAUUGUUUCAUUUAAUUUAAAAAAUCAAUCUGAGUAAAGAUUGGGAAAGGUUGCUCUGGUAUACCAUUUAUAUAAACAGAAAAAAUGUUGGCCUGAUUGAGAAAGUCUAUAAAUAAAAUGUUCUAUGAAAACAGAUUGCUCAUAAUUA